AUGGGCCGUAGUGAGUCCGAGUUGGGAGCAAAUGUCAGCAAGGGAGGCCAGGUAUCAGCGAGAGCUUCGAAAAAGCCCGAUACCAGCUUUGAGGAUAAGAUUCAUAAUCAAAAGAGAUGCAGUAAAAAGGCCUGCGAUACUCCAGAAGCCAGCCAGGCAGCUGGAGAUGGAUCGGAGGCAGAAAAGGUGGCAGCAGCAGAAAAGAUGAAUCCAGGUGAAUCUGCAGAGAACCCCAUGACGUCGGCCCACGUGAAAGCCGGCCAGGCGAUCGCCGAUCUCGAUUGGUAG